AUGAGUCUGCUGAGGCCCAGCGGGCUGAAGGCCCCCACCAAGAUCCUCAAGCAUGGGAGCUGGGCCCUGAAGGCGCCCUCGGCCGCGGCUGCUCCCGUUGAGAAGUCCGUGCCUGGGGAGAAAACCCCCAGCGCCCCCUCCUCGGAGACGCAGGAGGCGUUUGUGGACGACUUCCAGGUGGGGGAACGAGUCUGGGUGAAGAGGAACAAGCCUGGAUUCAUACAGUUCCUCGGGGAGACCCAGUUUGCCCCUGGUCAGUGGGCCGGGAUCGUCUUGGACGAGCCCAUCGGCAAGAACGACGGCUCGGUGGCGGGUGUGCGCUACUUCCAGUGCGAGCCGCUGAAGGGCAUCUUCACCCGGCCGUCCAAGCUGAGCAGGAGCUUGCAGGCCGACGAUGAGACCAACGGCCUGCAGCCAGCGCCUGCUGUCCGGGCCACACCGCCCCUGUUGGUCUCCCCGGCCCCUGCCGCCACCCGGAAGGUACCCCAGCCCUCCUUGAAGGAGGCACCGGCCACCCCUCACAUCAGCAACCUGACCAGGACGGCCAGCGAGUCCAUCUCCAACCUCUCGGAGGCUGGCUCCCUCAAGAACGGGGAGCAGGAGCUGAAGCUCGGGGACCGGGUGCUGGUGGGAGGCGUGAAGGCCGGUGUGGUGCGCUUCCUCGGGGAGACGUACUUCGCCAAGGGGAAUUGGUGUGGCGUGGAGCUGGACAAGCCGCUGGGCAAGAACGAUGGCGCCGUGGCUGGAACGAGGUACUUCCAGUGUCAGCCCAAGUAUGGCUUGUUUGUUCGCAUUCACAAAGUCACCAAGAUCGGCUUCCCCUCCACGACGCUGGCCAAGGCCAAGGCGGCCCCUGUGAGGCGUGUGAUGGCCAACACCCCCGCCAGCCUGAAGCGCCGCCCGUCGGCCUCCUCGCUCAGCUCUGUGAGCUCCGUGGCCUCAUCCGUGAGCAGCAGGCCCAGCCACACGGAACUAUACAUCCUGGAGCUGGAGGCCAAGAUGGACGAGCUGCGGGCCAUGCUGGAAGCGAGCGACUGGGAGAAGGUGGAGCUGCUGAACCAGCUGGAGGAGGAGAAGAGGAAAGUGGAGGACCUCCAGUUCCGAGUCGAAGAGGAGUCCAUCACCAAAGGCGAC